GGUGUGUUGCUGAGAUGGAGGAGAAAGAAUCUCUGAAGAGACAAAUCGAACUUCUCCAAAAUCUAAUCAAUAGACAUAAGAGCAUCCACGGCGAUGUCCCUUGUCCAGGAGGUGAGCAGAGAGAUUCAGAAGUUCCAGCAUCAUCCAUGGGCAGAGGUCAAAACAGCUCCGUCAUCCAUCCUCACAGCUCCAGAGGAAAUCCUUAUGUUCUUCAGAACCGCGGGAGUUGGAGGAAGACCUACUCUUUGAAUAACAAGAACACACAGCCCACAGCUUCCACUUCCUACUCUUACCCACAGUGGAGUUCUCCAGGUGGAUAUAACAGCAUCUCACUGCCUAGUCACAGGCAAAAAUACGUAAGUGACAAAACUUUACUGUCAAGAGUUCCUCAACAAAAGAAAGAGGAACAUCUGAAGAUCACAAAGGUUAAGGAGGCUGCAGAAGAUUAUAAAUCCACUGGCAGAAAAACAGGAAAAGAGGCAGCAGAGUUUCAAAAUCAAGUUGUAGGGACAGGAGCAAGUGAGACUGGUACUGGCAAACAAGGUGAAGGCAUUCUGCCAGUCCUACUGCAGAAGAAAAGCAUGGAUUCUACAGGGAGACCUUCUUCACUCAAGAUCAACAGUUUGACCAAAUUCCAGAGCAGCCCUCAUGUACAGAUGGACUCUUCUCUAAUGAGGAAAACCAGCACAGAGACUAAACAAACUGUUUCCGUAGUAAUACCAACAAACAUUACGGCUGGCAUUAAAACCCCACCUAAGGUGCUACAGCAGUUCCCAAAAUCUCAGAUCAGCCAGGUCCCAGUUAGCGCAUCAUUUUCUCAAAAACACUCCAAGUUCACUUGGGUAAAGAAUCAGAAUACAGGUGGAGAUGGGUAUAAAUGUGCCAGUUCUGUUUUUCAGGGCACUAAAGAAGGUCUGAGUGCUACCCCAGUGGCAAUGUCCAAAGCAAAAGUUUACAUUGGAAGUCCACUGCUAUUCUCAGCUAGUAAGAAAACCCCUGCCAGGAAGUUACCUCGAAAACUCAGCCUGGUCAACACAGCCCCUAAAAUUUCUAAAUACACCUGGAUCUCCUCCUCAUCUGGAACCCAAGCUAGGAUCUCUCGAAAGUCACCCAAAUCCUUCACCAUUGCUCAAAGACCUGUGGAGAAAGGUGAGGCUGUCAAGAAGCUCAGAUCAGGAUCUCCUUACUCUGCAAAGGUGAAAAAGGCCACUGCCAGUCCUCCCAUCAGCACCUCCAUCAGCAGUCGUUACCGCUGGAAAGCCGGCGCUCAGGGUCCGUCUGCAGCAGUGGCUGCCGUAGCGACGGUGGCCCGCCGUAGAUCUGCUUUCCACUGGACUUCAGAAAGAAGCCUCAGAGGUGUGAAAGGUGGGCUCGUUGUUUCGCCAACUCUACCUCAACGUGCUUUCAUCCCAUCAUCCUCUCCUGCUGGAUUUAAACUCCGCAGCAGAAUGAAGAUCAUCAGGAAGUCCGCUAGCAGUGGGUGUGGCUCAGAGAAGAGCAGCAGCCCAAUGGUGUCCACGCGGGGUCGAAUCCACACCGGGACCAAGACCCCUGCAGGAGUGAGGAGGACACCUUCCAGGGAGCUGGUGUCCUUCGGUAGACACAAGCUGAGACGACUCUCCCCGAGCUUUUCAAGGACAAGUCCCUCUGUACUCGCCGACCGCAGCCCUGCUUCCCAGCGUGUUUUCAGGACACGCUACAAAAUGGUAACCCGCCCGGGUUCUGGAACCGUGCCCACUCUGCAUUACAACCCUGCCCUCUCGUGGAGAACCAGAAGGAUUCAUUCAGCCAGAACCUUCCUGCAAAGUCGUCUAAGAGCCCCCCACCACAGGCACCCGUCACCCACCCAGCACUGGAGAGGCACCAACAUGUGUUGGAUCGGCGAUUCCCUUUACCGGGUUUCAGCCAACAAACUGUCCCGCACCACGGCAACCAGUUUGUCCAUCAAUCAAACAGGACGGUGGGCCGCUCCCUCGCUGAGUUCACCUACUUCGCCUUUGGGUCGAACCUUCAGCUCUCGUCAGAUGGCCAGCCGUGCGGUCCAGCGGAGCAUCGCCAUAAUCCGACACGCUCAUCAGAAGAAGCAGCAGAAACAGUACUGCAUGUAUUAUAACCGAUUCGGAAAGUGUAACCGCGGCAACAGCUGUCCCUACAUCCACGACCCGGACAAAGUGGCUGUGUGCACCAGGUUUCUGAGGGGGACAUGCAAACCGGUGGCUGGGACCUGCCCGUUCUCCCACAAGGUGGCUAAAGAGAAGAUGCCGGUGUGCUCGUACUUCCUGAAAGGAAUCUGUAACAACAGCGACUGUCCCUACAGUCAUGUCUACGUGUCCCGCAAAGCUGAAGUCUGUCAGGACUUUGUCAAAGGCUACUGCCCUGAGGGCGAGAAGUGUAAGAAGAAACAUACUCUGUUGUGUCCCGACUUCUCUAAGAACGGCUCAUGUCCCCGAGGCUCGCGGUGCAAGCUGCAGCACCACCAACGGGCCAAACGGGCCGCCAGCAAUACCGCCGGCACCGCCACCAAGAGAGCCAGAGUAAAGGAGACCACCAAGAGUGUUGUUGUACUUUUCCAUAGGCCACGCCUCCAUGUGGUCAUCCCACAAGUCGACGAUACUCAGGCAGCUCCGGGGACCCCUGCUGCCCGUCCUCUGGAACUGCCAGCCUUCAUCUCCCUCUCCAGCUCCCCAGAAGAGGCAGAAUCUCCCGAUAGAAAAUCGGCUGAAAUGUCGCAGGUCAAAGAGAAAAAGUUGCAGAUUAAACCUCGGCUGUGACGCAGACCAGCAGCACCGGAGCUGAAAAAUCGGUUCUCUGAGGGUCUGAACACCGACCGACCAAUUUUACAUAAAAGCUCGGAUUUUUGCACAACACUUUUUUUUUCUUUUGUUCUUUCUUUCUUGUUUUAAUAAUGUAAAAACAAACUUUUAAGCAUCGCCCUCUGACUGUUUUUGGCCAAUCAGAGGAAAGAUGAUGGAGCAAACAGCAAGUUAAUUUUCAGGAGCUGAGACACAAGUGAUGACAUCACCACGGUGUGGGCGUGACGGAGCAAGUGCGGCCGCGCUGUCCCCUGCUCUGCUUUGUGAGAUAAAAGUCACACCAUUUAAAGUUAGAAAAGGAAACGAGAGAACCAAAACCACGGAUGGACAGAAAUUAAAUUUUCUUGACAGCUGCUGAUUUUCAUGAAUAUUUUGCAUUUUACCUGUUGAAUGUUGUAUUGUGUUUGCACUGUAUGACCCCUU